AGCUUCUCCGCCUCCGACGACGUUGCUGUUCUGUGUCGUGUAAAUUGAGUUCUGAAAGUGUCGCUUUGAGAUUCUCCGCCUCCAACGACGUUGCUGUCCUGCGUCCCGUGAAGCUUGUCCGCCUCCGACGACGACGUUGUUGUUGUCGGAUCGGAAGUCGCGACGGGACUCGCCGCGAAGGACGUCAAUUUCAUGCCCAUCCUUCAGUUAAUCUCAAAAACUUCAUUAGGACCUGCUGCCACUUAUGCAAUAGAUCAUUCUCAGAUUCAAUCAAUAGCACCGUUAAAAUUAGGGGUAGUGCCGUUAAAGAAUUCAUCCUUGGGAUCUUCUUCCUCUUGUUCUUACCCAAAAGGUCACUCUGGUUGGUCUUUGCGGCUUGACAUUGACAAGCCAUCAUCUAAGAUCAACUAUUCUCUUUCGAUGAAAGAUGCAUCUUUUCAACGGUUGAAAAAGUUGAAUACCUCAAGAGAGAAAAGUCUAGAAUAUAUUUCACAUGAUCUAAACGGGAAGCUGCAGACAGAAGUUUAUAGUGGUUCUGGUCUUGUUAAAAUCUCAGUGGGCGUGUGUGGUAAAGAGUUAGAAAGAAGGCGAAAAAUUGGACUAGCAAACAAGGGUAGAACUCCAUGGAACAAGGGGAUAAAGCACAGUGAAGAAACUCGAAUGCGUAUUAAGAAGAGAACCAUAGAGGCGUUAAAAGAUCCAAAGGUUAGGAAAAAGAUGUCUGAAAGGCCUCAUUCUCAUAGUGAUCAAAGCAAAGCAAGGAUAAGUUUUAGUCUGAGAAGGUUUUGGCAUGAGUCCUUGAAACAUAAAAGGUUGCAAGAGAAACUCUAUUUUUCAUGGGCAAGAUACAUUGCAGAAGCAGCAAAACGAGGCGGUGAUGACCAAAGAGAACUUGGUUGGGAUAGUUUCCAGAAAAUAAAGGCGGACAUAAAUUUCCAAUAUCUUCAGGAGAGAGAAGAGAAGGCAUUAGCCAGGGAAACUGCAAAAUUAAUAGCAGAAAAGGUUGCAAGGGACAGGGCAGCAAAUAAUGCUCAAAAAAGGAAAAAGAAAGAAGAACAGGCCAAAACAAAGUCUUUGCUACGGCAAAACUUGUUAAAUAGGAAAAAGAAGAAUGAUUUGGCUAGGGAUUUAAAGCUCAUCGAGAGAUUGGCAAAGAUCCAAUAUAGCAAGAGGCGGUUGAAUAUUCCUGUUAGCAGACGAAGAGCAAGUUCAGUUGGGUCUCAACCAUCUGUGGAGAAUUUGGACUUAGAAUUCAUCAAGGAAGAGAAAUUGCAAAGAAGUAAUUCACUUGCAGAUCAACUUCAAACGCUGAAGGGCAAAAAGUUUGAGGUUUGUGUGCAGCUGUUGUGAAGGCUACUGCUCUGUAUUUUAGUUUAGGUGAAUAAACUUAUUCCUGUAGGGUGUACUUACUUUUUUGAGACUUACAUCUUAAAUAUUAGAUGUUA